AUGGCCAAGCUGAGCCGAGACAUGAAUGACAAGGAGCCAGCUGGGUCCAGGCAGCCCGGGAAGGAAGCCAACCGGAAACGCUCCUUUGCCCACACCUUGGUCCGUCGCCACCCACCCCCUGGUGCUGCCUGCUCCCUGAGCCGGGGAGCAGCUCCACCCCGCCGUCACCGCUGGGGCCGCACGAUUGCGGCGGAUCCUGGGAGCCCGGGGCCGGGCCACCCACGCUGUCAUCUUUUGUGCGGGGCCGGCCCCGCGCGCCCCCGGCCGGCCCGGGGCGCCCCCGCCUCCCGCCCCGGCCCCGCCAUUGUCCGGCCGCGCCGUCCCCGCCCGCCGCCCCCCGAGGGCGCCCCGGGCCGGCCGGUGAACGCCCCCAACCGUCCCGCGGGCCGGGACAAAGCGCGGGGCCGCGGCCCGAGCAGGCCGCGCCCGAGGCCUGGGCCUCGCGUCCCGGCGCCCGCCCGGCCGCACGCGCGCAGCCCCGGGCGCGGCGCGGGGGCGACGGCGGCGGCGGCGGCGGGGCCCGCGCUCGGCCGCCUCCCCGCGGGCUCACCUGCGGCGGCGCGCGCGGCCCGGUCCGGAGCAGCGGCGCGCGCUCCCCCGCCCUCGGCGUCGCACCCCCGGGCCCCUCUCGGGCCGGGCCCCGCUCGGUCGCUGGCGGCCGAGCCCUCCGCGAGCGCCCCGGGCGGGGCUUAUAAGGCCGCGCGCCAGCUCCGCCCCGGCUGCCAUUGGUUGCCGAGCCCACGCCCGCGCGCCCAUUGGCUGCGGCUGACAGCUCCGCCCCUCCCCUCCGCCGGGCCCAUCAACACCGCACGGCCCGCCCUCCGCGCGCCUCGAUUGGGCGGGCGCAGGCGCCGGCCUCGCCUCGCCAUUGGCCCGCCGGCCGGGACACGCCGGCGCCCACCCACGUGCCCGCUGACCGGCUCCGUUCUCAUUGGAGACGGCGCACGCCAGCCAAGGAGGCCGCGACCAAUCCGACGGCGGUUGGGCCUCGGAUUGACAAGGGAGCCUCGGGGACCUCCCAGCGUCCGCACGGGGGCAAGCGAGUAUUGGCUUGCGGAGUGA